AACGUCAUAAAAAUGUAAUGUUCUGCCUACUCAGUUACCUGGGUGAAAAUAUACUUACUGAAUAGUUUGUACACACUUCUUGUUCGUUAUUGUAUUAAUUUUGUUAUCUACCAGAUGGAAAAUUUGGAUAGUAAUGCUUGGGUAUUUGAUUCUCUCGUGGGUUUCCUACACGGUCCAGUAUGGAAUAUUCCGUUGCAGACUUUUAUAGAAGAGAAAUCUUUGCCUUUUGAACCUACGGAAAAUGGCGAAGUCCUCGACCGACCAGAAUAUAAAAAGAUUCAUGAUGAAUAUCGUAACUUGGUGGACGUGAUGUUAGGUUCGUUCAUGGAUGACAUCGGGAUCACUGCAGAUCAAUUUGAAGCGGCAUGUAGACUCUCUGCUCGCGAUUUAGCCGGACUGCCCGCACAUUUCCAUCGAAGACUCUUUGAGCAGAUCUGGGCAGCCAAUGACUACGACAUGUUUGUGAAGAUGAUGACGCAUAAGAAUGUCGAACUCCAACUACAGGCUUUGGAACUAAUCGAAAGGCGGUUUGGUGCAAUGCCAAAUAUAUUUUCUUCGGAGCCUGAAGAUAUAGACUCAUCACGUAGUGAUGAUAGCGAAGGUUGGCCUGAUAAUGAUGAAAUUAUGACUGAAAUAAAAAAAUUACAGCUUGAAGACUUAAAAGAUGAAAUAAUUAACGUCCCACCGGAAGAAGUAGUGGCUGAAAAACAAACUUUACUCUCAAAAUUACAAAACUUUGAGAAGAAAGAAGAAAAAGUCGAAAAAGAACAAACUGUUGAAAUAAUUAAAGAAAAACCGCAAGUACUAAUUGAACCACCAAAACCACCUCCGAAAAAAAUCGAGGUGAGUGAAGAAGAAGUACAUGCCCGACAAGAAUAUUUGAAACAGCAAAGGGAUAAACUAUUGGCCUUGAAGAAACGAGUCCGUGAACGAAAAUUAGGAGUUGGGGAUGCAGAAUCUGAAUCUGGAAGUGGUGAAGGGUCUCAUGUCAGCGUCCCUAGACCUAAGUCGGCGCGAGUGGCGCAGGCUGCGUUGGCCGGUGCGACGCCCCCACCGCCACCAGAUGCAAUGCAACUUCGCAGAGCCCUCGCGUCCAAACUUAAGUCUGAAGUAGUCGAUACAAACCUUGGGUGAUUCAUUAUUCCACUUAGAUAACUUUUUUCCAUAUUCUACGUCAUAAUUCUCUUUCGUAAAUGUAAAUUUGAAAGGUAUAAAUAAAAAAAAAAACAUCUGUUCAUAUUA